UUAGUAGUCAACGUGAUAACCAGCGGUUGCCAGUUUAAAGAACAUGGCUGAAAACAAUGACUGCAGUUAUUGAGCUAACUCUACGAUUUCUUCGCACUUGUCAACAAAGACAUUAAUAUUGAAGCGGUAAUAAAGUGAAAAAUACAUUAUAGUUAAAAGUAUAUAAUAUUAUGGCAACUGCUAUUCAAAAAAAUAGCAUGAAACCUUUAACAAAUAGAUCUUUAAAUCAUGUAGAAAAUGUAGACAAUUUAAAUAACAGUGAUAUAUGUACUGAAACAAAAGAUAAUGGACUCUUUAAAGAAGAAAUUGAAACAUGUAUGACUGAAUCAGAACAAGAAACACCUGAGCUUGAUAUUGUUAUUAAUAAUGUAGUUUGUAGCUUUAGCGUAAGAUGUCAUCUUAACUUAAGAGAAAUUGCACUUAAUGGCUCAAAUGUUGAAUACAGAAGAGAAAAUGGAAUGAUCACAAUGAAAUUGCGGAGACCAUAUACCACUGCUUCAAUUUGGUCUUCAGGAAAAGUAACUUGUACUGGUGCAACUAGUGAAGUCGAAGCAAAAAUAGCAGCACGUAGAUUUGCACGUUCUCUUCAAAAAUUGGGCUUUAAGGCACGGUUUAAUAAUUACAGGGUGGUUAAUGUGUUAGGUACAUGCUGUAUGCCAUUUGAUAUCAAAAUAACAUCGUUUUCAAUAUGUCAUAAAGAAAAUGCUGACUAUGAACCAGAAUUACAUCCUGGUGUAACAUAUAAAUUGAAAGAACCAAAAGCAACAUUAAAAAUAUUUUCUACUGGAAGUGUUACAGUAACUGCUCCCAAUGUUGCUGCUGUUCAAGCAGCAAUAGAAUAUAUCUAUCCGCUAGUCUAUGAAUUCCGCAAAGAACGUUCAGUAGAAGAUAAGUUGGCAUUGGAAACUAAGAAACGCAGAUUAAGUAGGAAGAGAAAUCAAGAAGAGUUCCUACGUGACACAAAUCUAUUAUAUGAUCCUAUGUUUUCCCCAUCUUCAUCUUCUGUUGAUGAAGAAGUUGACAGUGAUGCCAGUUGGGACUGAACUGUUUAUCUUAUUAUUUUUUUGUUGAGUAUAAAACAAUCAUGUGUAUAUUUCGUUCAAUUAAGAACGAUUACAAAUUGCACUGGACAAUUGCUGCUGCUAAGAGUGAAGUGAUGCAUAAUUCAUUUUCUUAGUGUCUGACAAGUGCGUGAGUGUCAAAGACAAUAGUGUACAUUUAUGUGCACUUUAAUCUGUAAUUAUCUUUGCACGUAUCAAUCUGACUGACUUAUGUUUUUAAAAUUACAUCCCUCAUAUUUUCAUUCUACCACAAUAUAUUAGGCAUAAACAUCUCUCUUAGGCAUAUAUGGAACAUGUCAUUCUUAUGUAUACUAUCAUUCACUUUUGAAAAGAAUAUUUGGGAUGUAUUUAGUAAUAUUUCUGACAAGACUUAGUUCAUAUAAGGGAUCACUCGUUUGUAUUUAUGCUUUUAAGAAUUAUAAAAAUUAAAAUUAGGUAAUAGAAAAGAUAUACAUAUAUACGUUCUAAUAAUUCAGAUUGCAUCAAACGGACAAUCUUUGGGCUAUGCAGACAAGUGCCACCAUAAUAAUUGAUUGGUGAUAUGUAUAUUUCUUUUAUUUUUUUCUUUUGUUUUAUUUUUUUUUACAUACAGAUUUGUCUGUUUACGUUUAAUGAACGUAUACUGUGCCAAAGAUGGAUGUUCAAAAUUUGAUGUUACAAUUGAAAAACAUGGAAAACUACAAAUUUAUUUCACUGCUGUAACAUUUAGCUUUUUCAUUAAUAUAGUCUGCUUUAAUGAAUAUAAUAGUAUUUUAAUAUAAUAAUCUAUAUUUUGCGAUGUUUCUAGAAAGAGUAUAUAAUAUCGUUGAUUCAUCAGACUGUAUCAAGCAAAAAUACUAUAUAUAUAUUUAAGUUUGUAUAAUCAACAUUAAUAAUAGCCCAUUCUCGAUCAAACACACGACAGAUUUAUUUAAUACAUUCAGAUCAAACAGUUAUCUACAAUGUAUCAUUGCUAUCAUUAUCCUAUAAUUAUAUAGGAUAUGAAUAUAGAUCAAUGACAUUUUCAGCUGUUAACUUACUGACACUCAUGUGUUAAUUAUUUUGUAUAUGAAAGUUAGUGUUAUUAUAUUAUUAGGCAGUAUUAAGAUAAGUUCGUCGAUAAUUAUGAUAAGAACUAUAAACUUAUGAAAUAUCACAAAUAAUUCUAGGCAAUAACAAAUAUCAUAAUUUGUGAUAUUAUAAGUCCAAAUGCAUAUUAUUUAUGUGUAUGUAUACAGAUGAUCACAGAUCAAAAAAAAAUUCUUAGUUCUUACUAAAAUACUCUCUAAAUUUUUAAAAUUGUAUGGUGAACAUUUUAGUAGCAAUGUACCAAAGUUACAAAAAAUAUCAAAAAAUAAAUGAUAAGAUACUUGAAAUAAAUGGCAACUGGAAGAUCUGAUAGUAUAAUAAAUAAAUAAUUGCAAGACUAGGAGUAACAAAUAAAAAGUAUGGGAUGUGUUGUAUGUGUAUAAGUCUGUCAAAAUAAACAAAUUCUCUCUAGACUAAAUACUUCACAAAAUGCUACUUUAGAAUGUUUGAACGAAUGUGGGCUGUUUUGCAUUGAUAAUAUUACUAUAUCAGGAUUUUUUUUUAAUUCGAACAUUAAAGAAUUUGCCAUUUACAAUAAAAAAAAAGAACUAAAGGCUUAAUAUUCACUUGCUGCCUCAUUUAUUCUUGCUCAUAAAAAUAUAUUAUGGUUGUUGAUGUUAGCUAAUGCACAGCAUAAAGAAACUAUAAAAGUGAAGUUUAUAAAAAGUGCAUAUAUUAUUUUUUAAUCAAAAGCAAAAUAAUAUAAAAUUUCUUACGAAAGUAAUGAAAGAGAAUUUGUGUUCUUGCAAAUUCUAAAUACAAAACUAUUAAUUGUAUGACUUGCAUAUAUAAAUAUCUGAUUUUUCAGAAUAUGUGUGAAAAAUAUAAACCAUACAGUAUCAAUAUUAGUUAAAAUCAACUUAUAUUGUUUAUAUAAGGUUAUUUAUAUUUUGGGAAUGCUAGCACUCGUUAAAGUAACUAUUACAAUUGUUAUUUUGCAGUUAUUUAUAAUUUGGAAGUUUUGCAUGAUAUAGUAAGUGCAUUUGAAAUAUAUUAUAUUAAUAGAUAUCUAUAUAUUCAAAAAAUUCAGAAUUCAGAAAGACCUCAUUCUCUUUAAAAUUUUUUGAUUAUAAACUAAUAAUACAUUAUUUAUCAACAAAUAAGAUUUAUGAACAAAUUAUUAGAUAUAAUUAGAAUAACAAUUUUGAGUGAUCCCAUCAUAUAAUAUUACAAAUUAUGAUGAUUUUUUUAUGUUGUCAUAUAGCUAGCACAUUGUCAAAUAUUGUUGAUGAUCUGGAAUGAUGUUUAACCUAAUGUUUUGAAGAAGUUCAUUUCAUUUUUAUAAUUUUUUUCAUACUUUAUUUUUACCUCCAAAAAAUUAUAAUUUUAAUGCUUGAAUUGUCAAGCAAAAGUCACUGCCUAUUAUACAAAAGUUUUGGUAGAAAUUGGACAUUUUGAAUGCAAUUGAGAAUAUGUAAUAUUCCUUUCUUUUUUUUGUUCAUAAUAUAAGACGUUUGAUUAUCUUACGGUUGCAUAAUAUAAUCCUUAUAUGAGCUAUGUUUGCUAAAUGUAUAUAUAGUACAUAUAAAAAAAUAGGCAAUGUGGCAUAUUAUUGACAUGAAUCGAUAAGGAAAAUUAUAUAUACAUAUAUAUACUAUAUAUAAAUAUAUAUAUAUAUAUUAUAUAUAUACUAUAUAUUAUAUAUAAAUAUAUAUAUACUAUAUAUAAAUAUAUAUAUUUCCUUACUACAUAUAUAUAUAUUGCUAGACUUUAAAGUGCCAGGCUUUCUGUAUGUCUUUGUUGCAAAAACACAAUGCUGCAUUGUUAUUAUUAUUUUUUUUUUAUUUCAAUGAUUUUAAUAUAAAACGAUUAAGUUGUGCACAAAGUACAUUAAUAGAAUUUUUCUUCUUUAUUUUUCUGAAUACAAGAGUUCCUUUUUAAAGCUCUGAGAAAUAGAUAAUCAAUUAUAUAUUCGAAAAACUUUCGUUAUAAUCUAAAUAGACCAAAUGUACAAAAUGAGACUGAACUGCUUCUAUCGCAUUUAUUAUUUUCCUAUACAUGUAAGACAGUGGAAUUUAUAUAGUCUGAUCGAAUUUCACUAAAAAACACUUGCUGGAUAUAUAAAUAGUAAUAUUUUAUUUGCGUCAUCACUCAAACAAUAUUUAAUAUCUGCUAUUUCUUUUCUUUCUGUUUUCUUUAUUUUUUUAAGUACUUUGACUUUGUCAUAAUCUAACUUCGCACUAACUGAAUUAUAAUUAUAAUGUUAAAUUUCUCGAUAUGAUUAUAGAACAAAAAAAAUUAUAUAUAUAUAGAUAUUUUUUUUUUUUUUUUUUUUUUUUUUUUUGCAAAAUUGAAGUAAAGAGACAUGACAGAAAUACGUCGGUGCGCGACAGACUGCAAUAUUAAAUAUUAUACUUCUUAAAACAAGAAAAAAGAAAAAGAAAAAAUAUGUCUGAAUACAUCUGGAAUAGUUUGAAAAAGCUUAAUACAUAUUAUCCGCACAAUAUAAAAUUGAAACAAAAAAAAAAGUUAAAUAAAUAAAAUCAUUAAAAAUAUGCUUGCUUGAUUUUCGUAGAUUACUCUCGUUACAGCGAUAUGUGAUAUUAUAUCAAUAUAUUUAAUUAACAAGAAUUCUGUAAUUAUCGCAUAUACACAUCUUUAGCAAUAAAUAAUGAUAUCAUAGAGAAAUUAUUCAAGAUUGUACAUGUGAAACAAAGAAUCGUUUAAUCCUAUGUAACGAUUGUACUCGUUAUAUGGAUGUGAAAUAGCUUAUAAUAAGAAAAAUAAAAAUCGUAUAUUAUCACAAUAA